UACAAGUCUGACGAUCAGUCAACUUACCUUGGUUUUUCUCUGAUGAUUGGUGGAGCAAUCGGAAACGUAGUUGAUAGGAUCUAUUGGGGAGCUGUAUAUGAUUUCAUAUAUUUUCAUAUUGAUGAUUGGUAUUGGCCAGCCUUUAAUUUAGCAGAUUUAUCUAUAGUUUGUGGAAUGUUUACAUUGUUAUAUAAGUGGUAUAUAUACGAUAUGCUUAUUUCUAAACAAAAUGAGGAAUAAAAUAAUUGUUUUUAUAUUAGGUCGAAAUAAUGCUUCAUAAGUUUUUUAGUUUUCUUAUACUACCUGUACUUUUUUUUACUUACCCAAUUUCUUCGAAUGCUUUAAACAUAGAGCACAACAUAAAAUAUACUAAACUCAGUAACGGACUAGAUGUUUAUGUUGUUUCUAAUCAUCGGAUUCCAGCCGUUUUACAUGCAGUAAUAUACAAAGUUGGGGGAAUGGAUGAUCCAAUCGGCAAAGCAGGAUUGGCUCACUACUUUGAACAUUUAAUGUUUGAAACUACAGGAAAGUUCACAGAUAUAGAAGCCACUAUGAGUAGCAUUGGGGCUCAAUUUAACGCGUUUACCACUAAAGAAUAUACCUGUUAUUAUGAGUUGGUCCCCAAAAAAGAUUUACCACUUGCAAUGGAAGUUGAAGCAGAUAGAAUGGGCAGCUUUAAUGUUACUCAAGACAAAAUAGAUAGAGAAAAAAACAUUGUGUUGGAAGAAAGAAAAAUGAGAUUUGAUAAUCAUCCUAACAACUUGUUAUGGGAAGAAAUGAAUAGUGCAUUUUACCGUACUGGCUAUGGUAGGUCUGUUAUCGGCUGGGAGAGCGAUAUCAAAACUUACAAUUUGGAUGACAUAACGAGGUUUCAUGAUAACUAUUAUCACUCCGGCAAUGCAAUAUUACUGAUUGUGGGUGAUGUGGAACUUGAUGAAGUAGUGAAAUUAGCAGAAGAAAAAUAUGGCGAAAUUAAAGCUAAGCCUGUAAUGAGAAAUUACCCAAAUCAGGAUCCAGUGCAUAAUGCAGGUCUAUCGGUGACCUUAGAGAGCACUGAAGUAAAAGAACCAGUUUUAUAUUUUCGUUAUCGUGUACCCUUAUUUGAGCAUAUAAAUGAAGCUUCCGCUGCUCAUUUAGCGGUUGAAAUUUUAGGUAGCGGCAAAUCCAGCAAACUGUAUAAUGAUCUGGUUUUAGAUGAAGAUGUGGCAGUAUCAGUGUUUGCUUAUUAUAAUAGCCUAGCUUUUAGUGAUGGCUACAUUGAUAUUCAGGUCAUUCCAAAAAGCGGAGUUAAUUUAGAUAUUGUUGAAAGAGAGUUAGAUAAUGCUAUUAAUAACUUCAUGUCUAAAGGAAUAACGGAUGAGGAGUUGCAAAGCUCGAAAUAUAGAUACAAAGCAGCACAGUUUGAUAAUCUAUCUGACUUAACUCAUAUAGCGAUGUUCUAUGUGCCACACCUUGCACUUGGUAUUCCACUUGAUGAAAUAGAUAUUUCAUAUAGCAAAAUAGAUGAUGUUAAUUUAGAGGAUGUAAAUAACAAAAUUCGUACUAUCUUUUCUUCCAAUAAGUUAAUUGGUCGUUUAUUACCAAAAGGAGAUAACAAUGAGAAUAAGUAAAUUUGUACUUCUGUUUUUUUUCUGCCUAAGCUUUAAUUUACAAGCAAGUGGUAGCUUAAAUAUAGAGGAGGUCACUACCCGUAAAGGAUUUAAGUUUUUAUUUGUCGAAAACUGUGCUUUACCAAAAGUUUCACUGAAUAUAUCAUUUAAAGAUGCAGGUUAUGUGUAUGAGAGUGCAGAAAAACAGGGGCUUGCUUGGUUUACUUCUCUUGUAAUCCAAGAAGGGGCAGGAGAAAAUGACGCUAAGGAUUUUGCAAAAAAACUGAAGAUCAAAGGAAUAAAUUUACUUUUUUACCCCGAUUUAGAAAGUUUCGGAGUGUCAUUAGAAACUUUGUCUGAAAAUUUAGAAGAAAGUAUUUCACUACUUAGCGAUGCUAUAAUACGUCCUAAAGUUGACUCUGAAGGGUUGAAUAGAGUUUUCGAGAAAGCCAAAGUUGAUUUUAAUAAUCUUGAAAAAAAUCCUUAUUUUGUUGCUGGAAAAGAAUUAGAUACGUUAUUGUUUAAAAAACAUCCUUACUCAAAAAGUGUGUACGGUACUCUUGAUACUAUAAUGAGCAUUACUAGAGACGAUGUUUUAACAUACAUAAAGCGUAAUUUUGCUAAAGAUAACAUAGUUAUCAGUGUUGCUGGUUGUACAAAAAAAGAAGAAAUUAUUACGCUAUUAGAUAAAUAUUUAUCUAAAUUGCCGUCAAAAAGAUCAAAAGUGAGAAAAAUACCUGUGAAAAAUGAUUUUGGUUCUGCAGAAAGUAAGAACAUUUUUAUGGAUAUACCACAAAGUGUGAUACUUUUUGCUCAAAAAGGUAUAGCUUAUGAAGAUCCAGACUACUAUAAUGCUCAAGUUUUGGUUAAUGCGCUUGGUGGUAUGGGGCUGAAUUCAGUGCUGAUGAAAGAGCUAAGGCAAAAUCUUGGAAUUACUUAUGGUAUUAGUGCCUCUAUGGCUAGUUAUACGCAUGCAAAUAUUAUAGCCGGAGGUUUAAGUACUGAUAGCUCUACUGCCAGUCAAUCCAUAUCUGCAAUAAGAGAUACAUUGAGCAGGAUAAAAAAGGAAGGAAUUGAUGAACAAUUAUUUAAAGAUACAAAAAUUAGUAUGGUAAAU